AACCACCUGCCAUUUCCCAUUUUUUCUUCAAUUUAUUUCCCUUCGAGUGUCACAUUGUUAACUUAAAGAUCUCAUUGAGCCCCAGUUUUAGUUAUUAUUGUGUAAUUAAACGCGGGAGUUGUUUUUUUUUUCAAAUAAUUUUUAAUUGGUGAUAAAUCAUGAUACGACAGGGUGGAAUUGAUGAAGAUUUGUAUGGGGGGUACAAUGAUUACCCCUCGAUAUAUAAUACCAAGGAUCUGGGGGAUGACGCUGUGUUUCAAGAGGCUGUGCAGAUGAGUAAUUACAGGAGGAACAUUAUGACCCCGAAGGUGCCUGGAACAGCGAUGAGACUGGGAACUUCUUCAGGGUUCCAUCGGACAGGAGGUGGUGUGAUGACCCGUCCACCGACAGGUCCUCGUCCGAUGACAGCAGUACGAGGUGCAGGCUACACGAGCUCUCGUCAAGUGACAUUCGACCCCCUGAACAUGAGUAGCACCUCAAGGGGUCCAGCACCACCCCUGGAGUCGGGUAAAGAGGACAGCCCCGAGGAGAAGAUAAAAAUAGCCGAGAGAAAGAUAAUGGAUCUGAUAGAGAGUUCAGCAGAAGCUGCAGUUGAUGACAACAUGCGGGUCGCCUUGGAGAGAGCCAGGGAAGCUUCAUCCAGGGAAAGAGUCCUGAUUCGCCUUCAGGAACAGGCAGGCCUCAGUGAGAGUCACAAUGUCGACCUUACUCUAGCCGUUUUAUUCAAUCUGGCAACGCAAUACACGAAUAAUGAGAUGUACACUGAGGCAAUUGCAACGUACCAAGCAAUAACGAGAAACAGAAUGUUCAGUAAUAGUGCACGCCUCAAAGUUAAUGUUGGGAAUAUUUAUGUGAAGAUUGGACAGCUGUCGCAGGCGAUUAAAAUGUACAGGAUGGCAUUUGAUCAGGCACCAGCUGCCCAGAAAGACCUCAGGAUCAAGAUCACUCACAAUAUUGGAAUGGUUCUGGUGCGAAUGGGGAGAUUGGAAGAAGCUGUUAAUAGUUUUGAGUGGGUGAUGAAGGAGAGAUCGGAAUUUCAAGCCGGAUUUCACGCUAUCCUCUGUCAUUUUGCACUAGGUCAUCGGGAUAAAAUGAAAAGGGGAUUUCUCGAACUCGUGGAGGUCCAGCUGAAUGUUGAUCAGGAGGAGAAAUAUUCAAUCGCAACUGAUGAUAUUGCGGCGAAUAUUUUAAAUGAAGUCAUAAAAAAUGAUGAGCUCUCGAAAUUGGAGACUGCAAUGCAAUCGGAGGCUGAAAAAACAAUUCUAACUGCUGCCAAACUCAUUGCUCCUGUUAUCGAGGACACAUUAACUACCGGAUUUGCAUGGUGUGUAGAUGCUAUUAAAUCAUCUGCCUACAAUUCUCUAGCUGCAGAUCUCGAGAUAAACAAGGCAAUGGUAUUUCUUCAUAAUCGAGAAAUUGGAUUUGCUAUCGAUACAUUGAAAAUGUUCGAGAACCGCGACUCAAAGGCCAACAGCUCGGCUUCAACGAUGUUGUCUUUUAUUCAUUUUUUGCAAGGAGAUUAUGAUCAAGCCGAGAAGUACGCAGAGUCUGUGAGAAAAGUCGACAGUUACAAUGCAGCAGCUUACGUUAACUUAUCAGCAGUCGCAAUCAAGAGGAAUGAAUUGGAUAGGGCGAGGGAAUUAUUACUCUGUGCCCUUGACAAUGAUGCAAGUCAUGUACAGGCUCUCUACAAUUUAGGAUUAGUUUACAAAAGGCAGGGAUGGUACGAAGAAGCUCUCGAAUGCUUUGGGAAACUACGAAAUAUCGUGCGAUAUGACCCACAAACUGUCUAUCAAAUCGGUCAUUCGUAUCAGCUCCUGAAAGACAUGGAUCAGGCGGCGGAAUGGUACAAUCAAUUGUUGACUAUCAUGCCUUCUGAUCCUGGAGUGCUCCAGAAGCUGGGAGAAAUGUACGAUAACCUUGGUGAUAGGCAGUUGGCAUUUCAGCACUAUCAUGAUUCGCACAGAUUUUAUCCAGCCAACUUCGAAGUGAUUGACUGGCUAGGGUCUUAUUACAUCGGAAUGCAAGUGGCGGAGAAGGCUCUCCCUUAUUUUGAGAGAGCAGUGGAACUGGCACCAGAGGAGCCUCGUUGGCGACUCCUGGUUGCAACGUGUCUCAGGAGAAAAGGAGAAUUUCACAAAGCCCUUGAAGAAUACCAAUCCAUCCACCGCAAAUUUCCAGAUAACAUCGAGUGCCUCAAGUUCUUAAUUCGAUUAUGCAGUGAUUUGGGGAUGAAAGAAGCUCAAGUAUAUGCUUCAGAGUUGAAGAAAGCGGAGAGGGCGAAGGAGUUGAAGGAGAGACAGGGUUCAGCCAGACCUGGAACUACUGGAAGUGGUUCAAGAAGAAGCAACAGUGGUAACUCAUCCCGAGGUGGUUCAGGCAUGAGUAUCCAGUCAGAUAAUCGCUCGAGUCCAAUUGCAAUUCGCAGAGAACUCCGCUCAUCUCUCAGUGGUGGACCAUCACGAUUCAAUCGUCUCAGCAUUCUGGAUGACUCUGAAAAUGACACACCAGAAUCUCAACCUGAUGUGCACUUCAAUGAUCCUAUUGGACCAUUACCAGCAAGACCAAUGACAGCAGCGGGAAAAAGAGACGAUGACUUCGGUGAUGAGGAACUUGGCGAUGACCUUUUGCCGGUGUGAACUCCAUUCCCUCUUCAGCUUGACCUCCAACACUUGGUCGACACUUUAGCAUGAUAAUCUUGUCGCGGUUCGUCAUGAUUUUCUAAUGCUAAGAAAUCACUGGCGCGAAUAAUAUUAAGAUCAUGUUUACGAAUUUUUGAAUAAUAAAUGACUCUCCGUCAGAAAAAUUUUAAACUUUUCUGAAGUUUUAUUUAUGGAAAAAUCAUCUUGUCGUGGACGGAAGUGCGAUAUUCAUACGAGGAGAAGAGAAACAGGUUUCAAUAAUUCAUUCUGCAAACGAGUUUUCAUGCGGUCGCAGGAGCUCUUGAAAUUGCCACCGAUAUACAUUUUAAUCAUGAAAAUUGCAACUCCGACAAUCGCAGUUGCAUUAUUACUUCAUUAAUCAAUUCUCAGUAUUUGAUUCCAUCUUCACUCGCGGAAAGAGGAAAACACUGGUCAUAAACAAUUGCGUAAUGCGCGCACUCUAAAACAUUGGGUGAAGAUUGAAGAAAAAGAG